UCACGUCCUUUCACUUUACCUCCUUUUACACAAUCUCCUCCCUUUAUGCACGCUACGUGCUGACGCAUUAACCGACGCAGUGUAGUCCCAAUUGCGCUGCUGGAUAGCUCCACACUGCUUGAGAGGCAGUGUGGAACUGGUCAUAUUGAGUUAUAUCUGGCUAACAUUGUUAAGGAAUCUCCUAAAAACACUCAACAAAGAGUUUAGGAAACUAACGCUUGUCUUGGUUUUGGUCUUAUUGCAAGAAUACAAUCGACAAGCAGGUUACAUUUUUGCAGCAGGGUUCUAAAGUGCACUAUUUCUGCAACUGCAAAAAAGUAAGCGGCGUGGAUUUCACGUGGGGCUGCAGAAAUUUAGGCCGAUUGAUUCUGUCUAGUUAGGCGUCUGACUGAAUCGUUCUGUAUAAACUACAGAUUGCAUUUAAGUGUUUAGCUGAAGCAAUCGGUUUUUUUUUUUUUAGAAGAAUGGAAGUGAAAAUGGCUUCACUUAUUUUAGAAGACGGUUCAGUUUUCAGCGGCCGACUUUUUGGAGCCUUCACUUCAGUAUCUGGUGAAGUUGUUUUUCAGACUGGCAUGGUAGGCUAUCCAGAGGCUUUGACAGACCCUUCAUACAAAUCCCAAAUACUUACUCUCACAUACCCCCUGAUCGGAAACUAUGGCAUACCCAAAGAUGAAGAGGAGGAGUAUGGUCUCAGCAAGUGGUUUGAAUCUUCUAAAAUUCAUGUUGCGGCCCUCAUUGUUGGCGAAAACUCCCAGAAUCCCAGUCACUGGAGCUCUGCUCUCUCUCUGGACCAAUGGCUAAAAGAACAAGGCAUUCCUGGACUUGAAGGUGUGGACACCAGGUGCUUGACCAAGAAGAUCCGAGAGAAGGGAACCAUGCUAGGAAAGCUUGUGCUGGACGGGACCAGCAAGGAGAGCAUUGCAUUCGAUAACCCAGACAAGAGGAAUCUGGUCAAAGAGGUCUCUUUGAAGGAGCCAAAAGUGUUUAACCCCAGUGGCAGUGUGAAGAUAGUAGCCGUGGACUGUGGUAUUAAAUACAAUCAGAUCCGUUGCCUUUGUCAAAGAGGAGCCUCUGUUACUGUUGUACCCUGGGACUACUCUCUGGACAGUAAAGAGUAUGAUGGAUUGUUUAUCAGCAAUGGCCCUGGAGAUCCAGUGUUUUGCAAAGAGACUAUUGAAAAUAUCCGUAAGGUUAUGUACGAGGAAAAUCCUAAACCUGUCUUUGGAAUCUGCCUGGGACACCAGCUCCUGUCUCUGGCCAUUAGAGCUAAGACCUUCAAAAUGAAGUAUGGUAACCGUGGUCACAAUCAGCCAUGCAUCCAUGAGGAUACCCAGCGCUGCUUCAUCACCUCACAGAACCACGGCUUCGCAGUCGACCCCAAGACCCUCCCCCAGGACUGGUCGGUGCUCUUCACCAACGCCAACGACAAGACAAGCGAGGGAAUCGUUCACAACUCCAAACCCUUCUUUAGUGUCCAGUUCCAUCCAGAACACAUGGCAGGGCCAACAGACCUUGUCAGUCUUUUUGAUGUGUUUUUAGAGACUGUUCAAGAUGCAAAACUGGGAAAAACAGGCAAAACAGUUAAACAGAGGCUGACUGAACAUCUGACGUAUUCAGAUGCUCCCAAACCAGGCCACUUUGUGCGGCCACACAAGGUCCUUAUUCUUGGCUCUGGAGGCUUGUCCAUCGGACAGGCGGGAGAGUUUGAUUACUCUGGAUCCCAAGCAAUCAAAGCCUUAAAGGAGGAGAACGUUCAGACGGUUCUUAUAAACCCCAACAUUGCUACUGUACAGACAUCAAAAGGGCUAGCGGACAAGGUCUACUUCCUUCCGAUUACUCCUGAGUAUGUCACUCAGGUGAUUAAAAACGAGCGUCCCGAUGGGGUCUUGCUGGCAUUUGGAGGGCAGACAGCCCUGAACUGUGGAGUGCAGCUGACGAAGCAGGGGAUCCUAGAGAAGUACAAAGUGCAGGUCCUGGGCACCCCUGUGGCCUCCAUUGAGAUGACGGAGGACAGGAAGGUCUUUGUAGAGAAGAUGGAGGAGAUAAAUGAACACGUAGCUCCUAGUGAGGCUGCAUUCUCCCUUGAACAGGCUCUGGCUGCAGCGGAGAGGCUUGGUUACCCUGUUCUGGUGCGCGCUGCCUUUGCUCUAGGGGGACUGGGAUCUGGAUUUGCUGAUAAUAAGGAGGAGCUGAAUUCUCUGGUGACGCAGGCUUUCGCUCACACCUCGCAGGUCCUCGUCGACAAGUCCCUCAAGGGCUGGAAAGAAAUUGAGUAUGAAGUGGUCAGGGAUGCUUAUGACAACUGCAUUACGGUGUGUAACAUGGAGAAUAUUGAUCCCCUUGGUAUCCAUACUGGGGAGUCUAUUGUGGUGGCUCCCAGUCAAACCUUGAAUGACCACGAGUACAAUAUGCUGAGAAGCACGGCCAUCAAAGUCAUCCGUCACCUGGGGAUUGUGGGAGAAUGUAACAUCCAGUAUGCUCUGAAUCCAGAAUCAGAACAGUAUUUUAUAAUCGAAGUAAAUGCCCGUCUGUCCAGAAGUUCAGCUCUGGCGAGUAAAGCAACUGGCUAUCCUCUAGCAUAUGUGGCCGCCAAGCUGGGGUUAGGCAUCCCACUGCCUGCACUUAAAAACUCUGUUACGAACUCCACGACAGCAAAUUAUGAGCCCAGUCUGGAUUACUGUGUGGUGAAAGUUCCUCGCUGGGAUCUUAGUAAGUUCCUCCGUGUCAGCACCAAGAUUGGAAGCUCCAUGAAGAGUGUGGGGGAGGUGAUGGCUAUAGGUCGCAGUUUUGAAGAAGCAUUCCAGAAAGCUUUGAGAAUGGUCGAUGAAAAUUGUGUUGGAUUUGAUCACACCAUAAAACCACACUCUGAUGAGGAACUACAGACCCCUACAGAUAAACGAAUUUUCGUGUUGGCUGCUGCCCUUAGAGCUGGUUACUCGGUGGACCGCCUGUAUGAGCUGACCAAGAUCAACCGCUGGUUUCUGCACAAGAUGAAGAACAUCACCGACCACACUAACAUCUUGGAGACAUUCAGGGAAGAAGAGAACAAGAUGCUUCCAGAAGUCCUGCGGAAGGCCAAACAGCUUGGCUUCUCAGACAAGCAGAUAGCAAUGGCAAUACAGAGCACUGAACUGGCUGUAAGAAAGCUGCGUCACGACUGGAAUAUCCUCCCUGUGGUGAAGCAGAUCGAUACGGUGGCCGCAGAGUGGCCAGCCCAGACCAACUACCUGUAUCUGACUUACAACGGCAUGGAGCACGACCUGGGCUUCGCCGAACCUCAUGUGAUGGUGAUCGGCUCGGGGGUCUACCGCAUCGGCAGCAGCGUGGAGUUUGACUGGUGUGCCGUGGGAUGCAUUACAGAGCUGCGCAAGAUGGGCUACAAAACUAUCAUGGUGAACUACAACCCGGAGACUGUCAGUACAGACUACGAUAUGUGUGACAGACUGUAUUUUGAUGAGAUAUCUUUCGAGACUGUAAUGGAUAUUUAUGAAUUGGAGAACCCUGAUGGAGUGAUACUGUCUAUGGGAGGGCAGCUUCCCAACAACAUUGCCAUGGCACUACAUAGACAACAGUGCAGGAUCCUCGGCACCUCACCGGAGUUUAUCGACUCGGCAGAGAACAGGUUUAAAUUCUCCAGAAUGUUGGAUACCAUCGGAAUAAGCCAGCCCCAAUGGAAGGAGCUCUCAGAAUUGCAGUCUGCCAAGCAGUUCUGUGGAAAGGUUGAAUACCCCUGCCUAGUCCGUCCCUCCUAUGUCCUGAGUGGGGCUGCCAUGAACGUGGCCUAUUCUGACAGUGACCUGGAGAAGUAUCUGAACAGCGCAGUGGCUGUAUCCAAAGAGCAUCCUGUCGUUAUCUCCAAAUUCAUUCAGGAGGCAAAGGAAAUUGAUGUGGAUGCCAUAGCCUGUGACGGGCAUGUGAUCGCCAUUGCAAUCUCUGAGCAUGUUGAGAAUGCGGGUGUCCACUCUGGAGAUGCCACUCUGGUCACCCCUCCCCAGGACAUCAAUCAGAAAACAAUGGAGCGGAUCAAGGCCAUUGUGCACGCCAUUGGUCAGGAGCUCCAGGUGACCGGACCAUUCAACCUGCAGCUUAUUGCCAAGGACGACCAGCUGAAGGUGAUUGAGUGCAACGUCAGGGUCUCGCGCUCCUUCCCUUUUGUCUCCAAGACACUGGGGGUGGACUUGGUUGCUCUGGCCACUCAGGUCAUCAUGGGAGAGGAGGUAGAGCCUGUGGGGCUGAUGAAAGGAACUGGCAUCGUUGGAGUGAAGGUCCCACAGUUUUCUUUCUCCCGUCUGGCUGGAGCGGACGUUGUCCUGGGUGUGGAGAUGACCAGCACUGGGGAGGUCGCCUGCUUCGGGGAGAAUAGAUAUGAGGCUUACCUCAAAGCCAUGCUGAGCACUGGGUUCAAGAUCCCCAAAAAGAAUAUUCUUUUGUCUAUUGGCAGCUACAAGAACAAAAGUGAGCUGCUGCCUACAGUGCAAGCACUUGAGAGUCUGGGGUACAAUCUUUAUGCCAGUUUGGGUACAGCAGACUACUACACUGAACACGGAGUCAAGGUCAUGGCAGUAGACUGGCCCUUUGAGGAGGAGGAGAAUGAUAGCCCCUUGAAGGAAAAGCAGAGGAGCAUCAUGGACUACCUAGAGGAGAACCACUUUGACUUGGUGAUCAACCUGUCCAUGAGGAACUCCGGGGGGCGCCGACUGUCUUCCUUCGUCACCAAGGGUUACCGGACCAGACGGCUGGCUGUCGACUACUCCGUACCACUGAUCAUCGACAUCAAGUGCACCAAGCUCUUUGUGCAGGCACUGCGGCAGGUUGGAGAUUCUCCUCCAGUGAAAACCCAUGUGGAUUCUAUGACAUCACAAAAACUAAUUCGCCUACCAGGGCUUAUUGAUGUCCAUGUCCACCUGCGUGAACCAGGAGCCACCUACAAGGAGGACUUUGCCUCUGGCACAGCAGCUGCCUUGGCAGGAGGGGUCACCAUGGUGUGUGCCAUGCCCAACACUAACCCUGCCAUCGUAGAUCAGAGCACGCUUACUCUGGUACAGAAGGUAAAUGCAGGUUCUCGUUGUGAUUAUGCCCUGUUUGUUGGUGCCUCCUCUGACAACGCUGCCAUCUUGCCUUCAAUCGCAAACGGCACUGCUGGUCUGAAGAUGUACCUGAACGACACUUACUCUACGCUCAAGAUGGACAAUGUCUCCUUUUGGAUGGAGCAUUUUGAGAAGUGGCCAAAGCACUUGCCAAUUGUUGUCCAUGCAGAGAAGCAGACUGUUGCAGCUAUCUUAAUGGUUGCACAACUGUACCAGAGACCAGUUCACAUCUGCCAUGUUGCAAAGAAGGAGGAGAUCCAAAUAAUCAGAGCUGCUAAACAGAAAGGCAUCCAAGUGACAUGUGAGGUGGCCCCCCACCACCUCUUCCUGUGUGAGGAUAAUGUACAUACACUUGGGCUGGGCAAAAUGCAGGUACGCCCCAUGCUGGGCACGAGGGAGGACAUGGAUGCACUCUGGGAGAACCUGGAUAUCAUUGACUGCUUUGCCACUGACCACGCUCCUCAUUCUGUGGAAGAGAAGAAUGGAGAGAAUCCUCCCCCCGGGUACCCAGGCCUGGAGACCAUGCUGCCUCUGCUCCUCACAGCCGUCAGCGAGGGCCGCCUCUCUGUCGAUGACAUCAUCAAGCGCCUGUACGAGAAUCCACGCACAAUCUUCUCUCUGCCAAUACAGGAGAACACUUAUGUGGAGGUGGACCUAGAGCAGGAGUGGACCAUUCCUAGUCAAAUGCAGUUCACCAAAUCCAAGUGGACCCCCUUCGAAGGAAUGAAAGUGAAGGGCAUAGUCAGACGGGUGGUCCUGAGGGGAGAGGUGGCCUACAUCGAUGGUCAGGUUCUGGUGCCUCCAGGGUAUGGCCAGGAUGUGAGAAAGUGGCCUUUAGGAAUGCCUGCACUACCAUCAUCUCAGCCAGUCAAGGAGAUUGUGACACCAGAGCGCCAUCGUCCAUCAAUGCAGACUGAAACUAUUCGAGCCCGACCCCCCAGCCCCCGGAGAGCAGCUGCUGGGGAAAGCCGCUUCAUGAUUCCUCCCAGGAUCCACCGUUCCUCUGACCCAGGACUGCCUCCAGCUGAAGAUGCAAAUGAGAAAGCCUUGAGGAAAUCUGUUGAACCAGCAAUUGCAGAAUGUUCACCUUGGCUGGACAACUACGUGCACCCCCCUCCUCUGGAUCGCAUUCUGUCCCCGCAGAACCUUGCGUCUCAAAGCAUUCUCCACCCACAGACUUCCCCUUUGCUGUACCAUUUCAUAGGACAGCACAUCCUGUCUGUCCAGCAGUUUAGUAAGGAGCAGAUGUCACACUUGUUCAAUGUUGCCCAUAACCUUCGCUUGAUGGUUCAGAAAGAAAGAAGUGUGGAUAUUUUAAAAGGUAAAGUGAUGGCUUCAAUGUUCUAUGAGGUCAGCACGCGGACCAGCAGCUCCUUCUCUGCUGCUAUGCAGCGUCUGGGGGGCUCUGUUGUCCAUUUCUCAGAGUUAACGUCCUCCACACAAAAAGGGGAAUCUCUGGCUGACUCUGUGCAAACCAUGAGCUGCUACGCGGACGUGCUGGUGUUGCGCCACCCCCAGCCAGGGGCUGUCGAGAGUGCUGCCAAGCUUUGUCGGAAGCCUGUGAUCAACGCUGGAGAUGGUGUGGGGGAACAUCCGACUCAAGCCUUGCUUGAUGUCUUCACAAUCAGGGAGGAGCUGGGCACUGUCAACGGCAUGACGAUCACGAUGGUUGGAGACCUGAAGCAUGGACGGACCGUCCAUUCCCUGGCCAAGCUUCUGACCCAGUACAGGAUCACUCUGCGCUAUGUUGCCCCAAAGAACCUGCACAUGCCUACAGAGAUCAUCAAGUUUGUGGCCGCGAAAGGAAUCAAGCAGGAAGAGUUUGAUAGCAUCGAGGAGGCUCUUCCUGACACUGAUGUGCUGUACAUGACAAGGAUUCAGAAGGAGAGAUUUGCUUCAGAGGCAGAAUACAAGGCAUGCUUUGGGCAGUUUAUCCUGACUCCACACAUCAUGACUCGAGCCAAGGGGAAGAUGGUGGUCAUGCAUCCUUUACCCAGAGUGAAUGAGAUCAGUGUUGAAGUGGACACCGACCCUAGAGCUGCUUACUUUAGACAAGCUGAAAACGGAAUGUACAUCAGGAUGGCUUUGUUGGCAACAGUCCUUGGAAGAUAAUACAGAAAUAAUCAUAAUGAAGCUACAGUUGCCUGCUGGACCAAUUUAUGAAUCUUUUUUUUCUGGUGAGAAAAACCUUGUAUUGAAUGUUACAAUUCAGGGUUUUGUGCGUAAGAUUACAUGGAAUAUUCUGACAAUAUUGCUUUUUAAAUACAGCCCUGUAAUUUUCACUUUUUUCUUUCUUUCUGAUCCUAAAUGAUGGGUUGUCUAUAUAUGUUACAAAUAGAACAGGUUUGGGACAUUAGUUGGUCCAAACAAAUCCUCCAUUUCAUUACUGAAGAUGUGGAGCUUGGGUUUACUGUAUGUUUCACACUACAUCUCAUUCCUAGCUAAUGGUUAGAAUUAGUCAGAUUUGCUUAAGACCUGGUCAGAUCAUAUCAAGUUGCACAGUUAUGAAAACCUAAAUGAUAUGCAGAAAUAUUUACUUCUGUUAUGAAUAAGCAAAACACCAAAACAAAUCAGUAUUACAUUAUUGUAGCAGAUAGGGUUAACACCACCACAACUGCCAUAAAUAAAUCAUGAAAAUGAUGACUGCCCUGCUGUUUAUCUUACAUGGAAUAAGUAUAUUGCUUGUUUUUAACUAGUAAUACCCUCUCCCUGAAUAGGGGAUGCAUAAAUCUGGAUUGGAUGGGGAAUUUUGAAAAGUUCCCCAAUGGACACAGUGUAGCUUCUCAAAACUGAAUGACUUUGCCCUGUUUUACAUAGUGGUUAAUUUUCUAAACAACUACAAGGAUGUAUGUAAUGGCUGUAUUAAUAAACACAACUUUCUUUGUAUGUGUUUUUUGUGAACCAGAACUGUUUAGACCCACUGAAAACAUUUCUUAAACACUGAUGUAUGCUUUUAUUCAUAUUAUUAAAGACUGAACUUCAUUUGAA